GUAAAGUUCACAGGUAAUAAAGGCACCUCCUUGCUUGAGCAACCUUGCUCCUUUAUUAUUAGUCUUGUGAACUUUGACUCAGCAGGAGCUCCACAGCAGCACUCUGCCCUGUCCAGCUCUACAUACUGAAACUCACUUUCCCAUCAACAGUAUAAAGGGAGAAAAAGAAAAGAAACGAGGGAAGUCAGCAGUCACAAGCAAGCCCGGGGCAAAGGGAAUGGAUGUGGGUAUUCUGGAAAUUCCUGCUGAGCUAUCAGCCCUGCUUCGUGCUGCACAGGGGCGACAGCAUGGCACAAAGAGCCGAGUCAGUGAGGUGGCUGCUCCUCAGGUUAAAGCCAACUUAAGCCUGUCCCUGCCCCCCGACAUCAACAACCACCCCUUCUCCAAAUAUGCCAGCACACACUUCCAGGAUGGAUGGGCACAAUCCCAGGACAGCCCCCUGCAGAGACCGCUCACCCCGCUGGGCAGAGAAGACUGGCAGUCAGCACUGGAAAUCUACAAGCUGAUCCUGCGCUUCGUGGGAGAGGAAGAUCUCCACGGCUGGAAGGAGGUGGUCCUGGGGAACUACAUUGCCCAGCGGGGUCUGGCCAGCCCUCAGCUACGCAACGAGAUCCUCAGCCAGCUGGCCCACCAAACCUGGGACAACCCCGGUGAUGAGAGGGAGCAGCGGGCCUGGCUGCUACUGGCAUCCUGCCUGGGCUGCUUCAUGCCAUCAGCUGGCCUGGACAAACCUCUACUCAAGUAUGUGUCGGACCAUGGGCUUGGGGAGUACAGGUCAGUCUGCCAGCACAAGAUUCUGACCGGUCUGCAGCAUAGUCCAGAGGCUGCUCGAGUCUACCCAGCAACACAGCUUGAGUGGACAGCCAAUCAGAGAAAAGGAAAGAUGGUGCUGGAGGUUCACAACUACAAUGAAGAGAAAAUCACAGCCGAAGUCAACUCCUGGACAACAGGGGAGCAGUUUGCAGGCUGGGUCCUUAAUUUCAGGGGGCUGACAGAGGUGCAGAAAGGCUGGUCAGUGUCUAUGUUCACUGGGGAGGACUGGAAGGACCUGGCUGGCUGUGACUUUGUGAUGGACCUCAUUGGGGAGACUGAAGCAGACAGUCACCAGUACCCAACCUCUCACUCAGACUAUGUCUUCAACCCUGUGACUAAUGGGCAUCCUGAUAGUGACAUCAGGCUGUUCUCAGACGAGCUGGAGGACAGUAUCCCUGCCGCCCCUGAUAUCCAGGCUCCCUCCCUCCCUCCUGUCCUGAACGCUGCAGACACAGCUCACUGGGAUUCACAAACCUACUCCUCUGUGUAUGAAGGCUCUGCCCCACAGCGAUGCCCCCAGGCUGGACUCGACUCCUAUGUGGAUGACCUUUUCGACACUGUGCUGGACCAUGGAGAGGAUGAGAUGGAGAGGGCUAGCAUGCUGAGCAGGAGAAUGAAGGGCGGGGGUGGAGUAGGCCCCAAUCAACCAGGGAUGUUUCCAUUCACAGGAGCUCCAAUGAUGCAAGGCUAUCCUAUGGGUAUGCAGGCAGCUGCCCAGAUGCCCAGCUAUCCCACGAUGCCAAUGAUGGGCGGAUUGAUGCCAGGCAUGCCCAACAUGCCCAUGAUGCAGCCCAUGCCAUCCAUGAUGACGCCCAUGGCUCCUGCUCCCUCUCUCCCUGCCCCCGACUCCCGGCAGAUGGCAGCACAGCAGCAGGCAUUCAUCAACCAGCAGGCCCUCAUCAUGGCCCAGCAAAUGACUCUCCAGGCCAUGUCACUUGCUCAACAGCAGCAGAUGAAGCAGCAGAUGAAGCAGCAGCAAGACCCUAGUCCGAAACCCACCCCUCCAGUCGCCCCCAAACUCAAAGCUCAAACCAGCCAGCAAUCCUCCCUUCAAAGAACUCCAGAACCUGAACCCGAGGUGAGAGCCAUCGUGCACACUGCCCCAGAACCGGAAGACAGGCCCAUCGUGCACACUGCCCCAGAACCGGAAGAGAGGCCCAUCGUGCACACAGCCCCAGAACCGGAAGAGAGGCCCAUCGUGCACAGAACCCCAGAACCCUGGACAUCCACCGAAGCGGAAAAUCGGGAUCCUGAGCAACUGGAGACAUUCAGGAAGAAGAUCGAGUUCUUCCAAAGAAUUGGUAAAGGGACCAAGGAGAGCCACGUGAAGAAGAUGGCCCUCCCCAAAAAGAACCAGCUGCCCAAGCCAGCCCCAUUACGCAGGGAGGAGAGGGAGCCCACAGUAAAUGAGAGAGCCAGUAAGCCCCCAGAGGAAGAGAGGGCUGAGAGCCUAGCCACAGUGCCCAAUGGUGCCACCCUUGGGGCUGGACAGCGCAUCAGGGACCAGUCUGAAGAGCAAGGAGAUAAGGGGUCGGAGCAGUGCCCAGAAGUACCUAUCCCCCCCAGUACUCAGUCCAAACCGGAGCCCAGCCGCGAGAUUCAUGAUAUCAUCAAACAGUACCAGAGCCGGCCCACCCCAGCCCCGAAACCCUUUGACCCUGUCAGGGUUCCUGCCAAGUUGUUCGUGAAGAAGAAUGACCCCAAGGAAGAGGCCCUGGCAAUUUUGAGAAUGAAGAGCCAAGCUGAGCGCUCUUUAGUCCCGCCUCCUACCAAGAAGACCCCUCCCCCUCCUCUACAAAAGAAGGUCAAAGACCUGCCUAAACAAGAGUUGGCUCCACCCCCUCCUCCUCUUCCUCCCCCUGUCUCCAAACCUUCCACCAAGGGGCCACGAUCCAUCUCCAGCAGCAUGCAACAGAAGCAGCAAUCAUUGGCUGAUUUCUUCAGCCCUCCCCCUACCACAGCAACACCACCUCCUCUGUUGAUAACCACACCCCCUCCACAGGCUCCGCCCCCAGCCCCACCAACAACAAUCGCACCCAGCUCUGUGCCAAAGAUGGCUGCUGAUGACAAUAUAAAGACUCAACUCUACAUGUUCUCGGGCAACGUCUACUUCUCCUACGCAGACAUGCGUUCAAAGCUGUUCCUUCGCAAAGAGGUGUUCUACCCGAGGGAGAAGUUUAACCAGCCCUACGUUCUGAACCACCUGUGUGAGCAGAUCAAGAGGGACACCUACUCUGACUCCUGUAUCCGCAUCACUCGAGAGGAACGUCGUAAGAUGAGGGACCUGCUGGCUGAUUUCCAUGUGGGGACCAGCAUCAGCUCUGCGCUAGACAACAGUGUGAAGAAGAGAAUCGUGUUGGCAGCCAGGGACAACUGGGCUAACUAUUUCUCACGUCUCUUUCCUGUCUCUGGAGGCAAUGGAUGUGACAGCCAGAUUUUGGGGGUGUCCCAUCGUGGGAUCCGGCUUUUGAGGGUAGUGAAGGCGUCUGGCAUCAACCCCAAACACCUGAAGACCCUACGUAGCUACAGCUACGCAGACCUGCUCUCAGUGAAACAAGAGAAGCACAUCCUGGAGUUCACCCUGAAGAGCGACCAGCUGCUACUCUACUCCACCCGAGCCCAGCAAAUCAAGAGAAUGAUCAACCUGUUCCUGGAAGAGCUCCGCAAGGAUUCCAAUCACAUGAUCGCCCUGAGGAGCUUCGUCACCGAUGACAAGAGCCUCCUGACAUUCCACAAGGGUGACAUCAUCAAGCUGCUACACAUGCAGGGGUUGCACCCAGGCUGGCAGUUUGGGUCAAUCGGUGGACGGUCAGGCCUGUUUCCAGCCGAAUACACACAGCCCACAGCGCCCCCAGAUUACUACAGCGCUCAACUAGACCGCAGAGAGGAGCGCAGGAAGAGUGUGUGGACAGCGCCUCCGAAAAAACAAAGUCCGGGCAGCGAGGUCUCGGGGCACACUGAGUCGUCUCUGCUGGGGUCAGGAGAGGUCAGCCAGUACGUCAUGACAGAGUUCGCCAUGAAGUACUUCAGAGAGGCUGCUACCAAGCUGGGGUGGAAGGGUGUGACUGAAGAUGGAACAAGCUCAGUGGAGUUGGUCCAGCACACCAAGGUCCCAGUUCAGGAAUCCCUCAUCUUCUACUCCGACAGUGAACUUAGUGAGCUUGCUGCUCAGAACUUCAUGAAUGUGAUGCGAUUCAUGGGUGACCAGCCUGCGAUCAAACACAAGAGUGAGUGCGACUACAUUGUCAGCAUUCUCCAGCUGGGCAAGGAGAAGGAGGACCUGAGAGAUGAGAUUUACUGCCAGGUGAUCAAGCAAGUCACACUCAACCCUCAGCAGGAGAGCUGCAUACGCGGCUGGAGGAUCCUGACCCUCGUCACUGGAUUCUUUCAUUGUUCAAACAACCUGCUGCCGUACGUGACCAGCUUCCUCCAGGACAUCCUGCGUGACCAGGGUAACAGUUUCAAAGAAGUGGCCCGCUUGUGUGAAGACAACCUGCGACGCUCGCUCAUCCAUGGAGGCCGGAGACACAUCCCAUCCAAGCAGGAAAUGGAAGCCAUCUUGCACGGAAAAAUUUCCAAGAGGGUUGCUAUAUACCUGCCUGGGAAGGUGGAGCACUACAGCAAGAUUUGUAUCUUUACUGUGGCGCAGGAGCUGGUCAGUGACCUGUGUGCAGAGAUGGGAGUGGUGCAGCUGCAGGAGAUCAAGGAGUUUUCUAUCUACGCCAACCGCAACCAGGGACAGGUGAUGCGGCCCAUCAGACCUGACGAGUACAUCUUUGAUUUUCUAUUGGACGACAACACAGUCACCCUGUGGCUUAAGCGUAUGACGUGGAAAGAGCCACUGCACUUCGAGAAUGAAUUCUACAUCAAUGUCCACUACAGACAGAUCCUGUCUGAUUACCUGGAAGGAAAGCUCCUGCUGCCCAGUGACAGUGCCCAUCCUGACCAGCAGAUGGCAGUGUUGGCAGCUCUGCAGCACUGUGCCAAGGGACCAGGUCCAGAGCCCACAGUUAAGGAUUUGAAGCAGUAUCUCCCCCAGAGCUCUGUCAGCAGGGUCAAUGAUCAGGUCAUCCUGGGUUCAACACUCAUGAGGCUGGGCACCAUGCAAGACCUGAGCCCUGUUGAAGCCAUGAUCCACUUCCUUACGACGGUGCUCUCAUUCCCGCUGUUCGGCAGUAACGUGUUCUCGGUGCAGAAAGUGAGUGACCGGCGGAUCCCGUCUCCCUGCAUCGUCGCCAUCAACCAGGAGCAAGUCUUCAUUGGAGACAGCCACUCCCAGGAGCUGCUGUCCAUCCCUCUGAUGACAGUCCAGUCACUGAGGUCCCUGCAGCCAAAGAAGGGGGAGAAGCUCCCAGGGGUGGAGUUGAACUACGGCCCCCCCACAGCCCCUAAAACCAUCACUUUCCACCUCAAACAGGCGAAGGAGAUGUGCCACGUGAUUGCAGUGAUCUUGGAGGAGUUAACUUACAUACCCAGCAGCAUCUCUACAAUCAGCACAGGCAGACCUCCCCUGUCUACUGUGGGCCCCAGGGAGUCCAGGGACUCUGUAGUGAGCACUCCAAAGAGCAAGGCCAAGAUGAAGCCCCAUGCUGCCAGAGAACCCAAUGUGUUUCCCCCGUCCAUUGUGGGCCCCAGGGAGUCCAGGGACUCUGUGGUGAGCACUCCAAAGAGCAAGGCCAAGAUGAAGAAAGCCCCUGCCUCCCCCAGACAUGCUGCCAAGAAGCCUGAUAAACUCCAGAGCGAGUACAUCCUGCCCAAUGCUGACGAAGCCGCCAUGUACUCAAUGUACUGAAAAUAAUGUUUCUAGAAUCUAUUUUUUACACACAACACCCCCCCCCCCCCCCCCCCCCCCCCCCCCCAAAAGAUUGUAUCCAACACUUUAAACCUCAACCAUAAACUAUAGAAAAACCAUAAGCCAUCUAGUUCGAGGUUUUUUACUGUAUGGACAAGUUUUAGUUUGAACUAUUGCCUAACAUAUAAAACUUCAAACUUUGUAUAGUUUUUAAAAAUUACUUUCAAAGCAGUUCACGGUACAAAAUGAUUUGGGUAAUUCCAAUACAAUUUUCCUUGCUCAUCUGUUGAAGUGAAUUUGACAGCAUUAACGCUGUUUAUAAACAGAGUUCAAGCUGUGGCAAAAAAAGAGGUACAGUUCAGUUGCUAUGUGAAGCUGAGCGAUCACAAAGCCACUUCAUUGUUCAGUGGCUUAAAAUCUGGUUCCAGGAGACCGGGAGAUCUAGGUUGAGGCAACCCGAAGGAUCAGACCCUGUCUCCCCUGGUGUGCCAGGCAGUGGCCUGAAACCUAGUCUCCUGAAACCAAGUUCCGAGCCACAAAGUGGCUUUGUGUUCCUUCAACUUAAGUGUUCUCAAAUUGACAAGGUUGUAUGUUAAACCAUAUUUUGUGAAUGUGUGGCACAUGCAGAUUCUGAAAUACACAGUGCUUUUAUCUGGCAGGUGGGGAAUGUGUCUGCUUUUUAGAAUCAUUUUCUUCAACAUCCAUGAUAAACACUGAACUUCUGUACCUUGCCUUUUAUUUGUAAAGAAUGUUGAAGCUUUGGAGCUUGCCGGUUUGAAUCCAAGCUAUGCCACUGCUGGACAUGAAUAGGUUCCCAGGGGGCGACGCACAAUUGGCCAAGCGCUGCCUGGACAAGGUGUUAGGUGAGUUGGGGAGUCCUUGGCUCACCGCAAACCAGCAACUCCUAAGGCUGACUGGGCGCCUGCAGACCGGACUGUAAGCAAUUCACAACUGCGUGGUCCUGUGACACUAAGUUCUGGAUAUGGCUGGAUGGCAGGGUUGCAGAGUGAAAAAAAAGCGGACGGCUGACAACCCUCCUUUCGGAGGAUGCGAGUGCUCGUCUUCGUCUCUCCCGAGUUAGUUCGGGGGUUGCAGUGGUGAGCCACAUUGAAUAAUAAUUGUACAUUC